AUGUUCACAACACCGUCUCGAGCGAGGGAUGCGCGCUCGUCGACGCCGCUAGCAGGCGCCGCACGCUCGGGCAAUCGACCCUCGCGCGCAGGUACACCGGUGUUUGGAUCGCAUGAUCCCAUCUCCCCGCCUUCGUUUCUGUCCCCAUCCACCUUCCGCCGCGACGACAACACGCAAAACGACGCCGGCGACGUCUCAGCAACCUCGCUCUUCCUCAAUGGCGCAAGGACGCGCACAUCGCGCGCACGCCCACGCCCAUCGUCGAUGCUCGCCGCCAGCGCAGGUCCUAGCGCCUCGCUGCUCAGCCCCAGCGACGCGUUCGACCGAGAGGGUUCCGUGAUCAGCGAAGACGCAGACAUGCGGUCGGUUGCGGACACCGUCCACUCUGCUUCUCACGCCGGCUACAAUCGUCGCUCUGCGCCCGCACCAAAGGAUGCAAAGACGCAGCUCGACGAGGGCACCGUGCUCCUCGGCGACCAGUGGCUCCACGUUUCGGCCUACUCGCGCUUGCCCACCGAGGUGCUCGAACUGCUGGCCGAGGCGGAUAUGUACAUCGAUGCUUUCCAAGGCCACCUCGACGUCCACACCGGAUAUGCUUGCCUGCUUUCGCGCACCCAGUGCUUCGUGUGGAACUACGCCAGCCGCGGCAUCGGCACCGGCUCGCCCACCUGCUUUGUCUUCCCCGUGCCUCAGUACGCUUCCUCAAGCAUGUCGGCGAUCAACGACCUGUCGCACGCAUGCUUCCUGCCGCGCGGCGGAGCAGAGCGAGAACCCGCUCUGCUGCUCGUCACGCCCGACGGUCAAACGUGCCUGUGGGAAGGCAUUUCGUCGUCGCUCACACGCCAGGAUCGCGCACAGCGCAUCGCCGCACCGCUCUCGUCGGGCGAGGCGAUCGUCAAGCUGCAGCGCAUCGACGAGUCGACCGUCGUGCUCGCCACGAGUGCGUCGCGCCUGCUCCGCGUCUCGGUCGGCAGCAGAGCGGGCAUCCUCCAGGCCGAGGUGAGGCCAUUCUCCCAACCGCGCGGUCUGCUCGGUCGCAUCUUUGGCUCGAGCUCCGCCAUGGGCUCGGCCAACGACCACAUCCAGGGCAUCGCCGUAGCGCCCGCUCAGGCAUCCAAGCAGGGCCGCGAGGUGUAUGCGAUCGGCCGCAAGACGCUGCAAAAGUGGCACGUGCUCGACCAGGGUGGCGAACGCCUGCUCGCCGAGCAGGACGUGCAGCAGGUCGUCGCCAGCAGCGUGCUCCAGCUCAACGACGAGCGGUACAGCGCGGCACAGAGUCUGGCGUUCGAUCUCCUCGACGGCGCCGUCCAGGCCGACGGAAAACUCGUGCUGCUCUUCUCCCAGUCCAAGACCGAGCACGAGCCGCUGCAGUACGGCCUUGCCACGCUCGACGUUGUCAAAGACGCGGCGUCGUUUGUCGUCGCGUCCAUCCAGCCCAUCAAGUACACGAGCUAUGCGGACCCUCGGCCGUACGCAACACCCUCGCUCAGCCUGCCCAACGGUGGGCCUGCUGCGUUCAUCACGUUCGCGGAUGCCGUCGUGGCCAAGCAGCUCGAGGACGGAUGCGAGUCGUUCGAGGAACUCAUCAAGCUCAAGGACGACGUCAAGAACAGGUUCAUCGGCUCGGGCUGCGACGCGGUCCAUGUCAGCGCCAACAAUGCCGUGGCUGCACUCUCGCUCAUCUCGGCCGCGUCGGGAUCGCUGCUGGUCGAGACGAGCAUCGACGCGAUCCGCAAGCGCUGCACAGCAUCGGCAACCGCGGCGGACCGUCAGCGUGCAGACACAGAGCGUCUCAAGGGCAAGCUGGAGCAGGCACUCUACUAUUCCGAGUCGCCGCUCAACCCUCUCACCUUCCGCCUGCCCGAGCAUCUUCAGGGCACGCUCAUGACCGCGUGUCAGGACCUCAGCCGCGAGCUGCUCACGUUCUCCAACCCCAUUGCGCAGAGCGUGCCGCCGCCCGUCGACCUGCGUGCGGCGCUCAAGGACCGUCUUGGCAAGCUGCGCUUCCUGGUGGAAUUUGUGGCGCGGUGCGGCCAUCUGGAGAAGCUACCGCAGACGACCAAGCGUCAGCUGCGCGCGGACGCCGAGCUGGCUGCGGCGCUCGCAGAGCUGUGGGUCUACCAGAACGAGUUCUACUCGGCCUCGCACGCGCAGGCUUCGGCGGCACAGAGCCCGCUUGCCCGCGCGAUCGAGACGGUCAUGGCCGAGCAGGGGCUCGGCGUCGGCAGCGACGAUGUGGUGCGCCGCUUCUUCCGCCACCAUGCAGACCUGAGCCCGCGCGUGCUGGACCGGCUGCUGCGCCAGGCCAACACGGUGUCGGCUCAGCCGCUGCGCACGCGCUCAACCGACGUGCUCGAGCUCAACCGCACUGUGCUUGCGGCGUUCCGCGCCUCUCUGCGAUACCGCAAGGAGCACGGCCGACUGUACGGCAUCGACGCCAACAAGGACGCGGCUUUCGAAGCGUGGACCGCCCAGAGCGGCAGCGUGCAGCUGCUCGAGACGCUCUAUUCGAUCAGCGUCAACCUCAUCCCGGACCGCACGCGCGAGCUGGGCUCGAGCAUCGAUGUGGCGCCCACCGAGUACUCUGGCGCGGGCGACGAGGUGAAGCGCGAGCAGCGCGUGCAGGCCGAGCUCAAAGCGCAGCUGUGUACGCUCGCCGACGUCGCCAUGGCGUGCUACGAGGAGCGGCUUCGGUAUCUGCAGGCGGCGGCGGCGGCCGAUGCGGCGUACGAGCGAGAGCUGAGCGUGUUUGGCGCUACGCUGCGCUCUGCGCGGCCGAUGUUCAUCCGACCGCUGGUGGGGAUUGGCCGGUCGGACCGGGCAUUUGCGCUCGCCGAGCAGUACGAGGACUUCCGCACGCUGGUGGAGCUGUGCAACGAGGCGCAGCUGCGCUCGCCCGCGCGCCUCGACUCGUACCUCGAGCGCUACAAGCAGCCGUUUGCCUUCGAGCUGUAUGCAUACUACCUCGAGCACGGCCAGCCGCGCGUGCUGCUCGAGCAGAAGAGCGAGCACUCGCAGCUGGUGCUCGACUUCCUCGCGCAGCCCGGGCACGAGCGCAUCGCGUGGCUGCACGACCUUGCGCUGCAGCGAUACGGCGAGGCAGCACACACGCUCGAGCGUCUCGCGCUGGGUGAGGGCGUGCUUGCGCAGAGGAAGCUCAUGAUGAGCCUGGGCAAGCUCGGCGUGCUCUCGACGCUGACGCUGCAGGACCUGCAGACGGUGGGCACGCAAAAGCAGAUCGAGUUCUUCGACGACCAGCUCGACCUCAUCGCCGUGCAGGACAGUCUGGCGACGUUGUGGGAGAAUGCGCUGGGUGGGCUUCCCGCCGAUCUGCCCGCGGCGGGCAGUGCGCAGGCACGUGAGCUCGCGACCGAGAUCGUCGAGGCCGUUGCAACGAGGCUGCGAGAGUACCCCGGGUACCGGGAGCACUAUGUGGAGCUGGUGCAAAGGCUGUUGUUCGAGAACCGCUACCUGGGAUCCGAGGAUCUGGUGGAUGUCUUGACGCUCAAGGACACGCCCGAGAACCAGCUCGAGGACUUUGCCACGGCGCUCAAGGUUCUGGUUCGCGCCAAGGAUGCACCCGAGCCUCGGCUGCGUGAGGCGCUCAAGGCCGUGUGGCGCCGCGCGGUGGUGCGCGACGACUGGUUCGCGCUGUCCGAGACCACCAAUGUUUCGGACCAGACCGUGCUUGCCGACCUGCAGGCUACGGCGCUGUAUACGGUGCUGGGCGAGGUGCUCGCGGACGAUGCGAACCGGUCGGCAUAUCUGGCCGUGCACGAGCUGGUGGGCGACGGCCAAGAUGCCAAGGCGCUCGUGGCGGCUAGGAUGGCAGAUAAGGGCGAUGUGGAGGUUGACGCCAUCUGGCACGAUCGACAGAAGGAGCAGGCGACAGUAGCGGCAUUCUUGGACGACUCGGAUCUGCCCCGCCUUGCGGUGGAACUGGCGCGCAUCGCUGCCGGACACGACACUGCCGACGUCGAGGAUAGCAUGGCGCUCGAGGGUGUUGAUAGUGACGAGGCGGCCGAGGUAGUGCGCGCGUCUCGCUCUGCUGUCGACCGAUUCCGUCGCCUGCUCGAGCAGUUCCAUCCCAAACCGCCCACGACCUCCGUGCGUCUACCGCAACCCCCUCCGGCGUUCGAUCCGAUCAUCGUCGCUGCUCCCCCACACAGUCUACCCCUGCCCGUGCCCAAGGUCCCCGUGCCCGAAGUCAAUCAUCCCAACGUCAAGAAUCCCCUCCGCAAAGCAGGGUCCGUCUAA